AAAGCCGAACAAUAAAAAUAUGUUUGUAAUGUUGUGUAAAACUUUGUCGACGAUACUGAAAUGUGCAAAAACUUGUAAAUAAACAAGAGUUGAGCUAUAUUUACUAAACAUUUCACAUCAUGUUUGCCGAACCAAGAUCAGAGAAGUGAUAUUCCGUGGCACAAUUCCGUUUUCCUGCAUCAGAAGGAUAAGAAGAAAAGGAAGAAGUAGCAAUUAUCAUUCUCGCCUAAUCAACAAACACAAUCGCUCAGCUGUUUUGGAACCGCUUCAAAGUGGUCAGCGAUUACGAACCACGAGUCCGAUUACGAAUCCGAUUACGCCAAAGUGCAUCGAAAGCCAUCCCCACCGCUACACAGCCAAACGAGUGCGGUCUCGAGAUCGAACGCACUUUUGUGUUCUUUGCGCAAAGUGUGCUCAAGGUGCUUGCGUGUCGCUAACAGUCGAAGAAAGUUCCCGUUUCGGUCCAGAAUCUUCGCACCAGCGGUAGGAUUUUGGAGCCUUCUAGGAGAGGUCGCAAAAAAAAUUACAUAACAAAACGGCGCUGCGGUACGAUUAGCCUGUGCUCCACAAGUGGACCUAAUCGAUCGGCAUGGCCCGGAACAUGCUAAACAUUGCCAAGUAUGCUCGAACAAUACUGAACCGCCAGCAAGCCCGGUACUAUUCGGAAGUAUCGGCUCAGUUCCCGAAAAUUACCACCCACUACACGGUCCACCCGCGGGAUAAAGAUCCACGAUGGGGAGAGGUCGACAUGGAGCGAUUCGUCGACGAAGCGGACAUCCUUAUCGUCGGUGGAGGUCCCGCUGGGCUUUCGGCAGCUAUUCGGGCGAAGCAACUAGCAGCUGAAAAGGGCCAAGAGUUGCGGGUGUGCUUGGUGGAAAAAGCAGCCGAAGUAGGCGGACACAUUCUAUCCGGAGCGUGUCUCGAUCCGGUGGCCCUCAACGAACUCAUCCCGGACUGGAAGGAACAGGGCGCACCAUUGAACACGCCCGUAACGCAUGACAAAUUCUCCUACCUCACCGAAUCGGCCAAACUGCCAAUCCCAAUCUUCCCCGGCUGGCCCAUGGAUAACCGCGGCAACUACGUCGUCCGAUUGGGGCACGUAGUAGCUUGGCUCGGACAGCAAGCGGAAGCGCUCGGGGUUGAAAUCUAUCCCGGCACAGCCGCAGCCGAAGUACUGUUCCACGAGGAUGGGUCCGUAAAGGGCAUUGCCACCGGUGACGUCGGUAUCGGCAAGGACGGUGCUCCAAAGGACACAUUUGCACGCGGUAUGGAGCUGCACGCGAAAACAACCAUCUUCGCCGAAGGUUGCCGUGGCCAUCUUUCGAAGCAGCUAAUGUCACGCUUCGGGCUGAACGCGGAAAACGACCCCCAGACGUACGGUAUCGGGCUGAAGGAGGUGUGGGAAAUUAAGGCGGAAAAUCAUAAGCCCGGUCUGGUGGAGCAUACGAUCGGCUGGCCGCUGGAUAAGAACACGUACGGUGGCUCGUUCCUGUACCAUCUGAACGAACCGACGCCACUGGUGGCGGUAGGCUUUGUGGUUGGGUUGGAUUACGUGAAUCCGUACCUGAGUCCGUUCCAAGAGUUCCAGCGCUUUAAAACGCACCCGAAAGUGCGCGAUACGUUCGAGGGUGGCAGUCGCAUUGCGUACGGAGCACGUGCAUUGAACGAGGGCGGAUUCCAGAGCAUUCCCAAGCUGACGUUCCCGGGCGGAUGUUUGGUGGGAUGUGGUGCUGGCUUUAUGAACGUGCCGCGUGUGAAGGGAAGCCAUUACGCGAUGAAGAGCGGUAUGCUGGCGGCCGAGAGUGCGUGCGAUGUUGUGUUUUCCGGUGCCACACAAGAAAAGGCUGGCCUGGAGCCGAAAGAUUAUCCUGAUCGUAUAAAAGAAUCGUACGUGUGGAAGGAUCUUUACAAGGUGCGAAAUUCCCGUCCCAGUUUCCACACCGGGCUUGGCCUUUACGGAGGCGUGGCGUACAGUGGCUUCAGCAUCCUUGUCGGUGGCCGUGAACCGUGGACGUUGCACCAUGGUUCGCCCGAUCACACCCGCCUCAAGCCCGCCAAGGAAUGCAAACCGAUCGAGUAUCCGAAACCGGACGGCAAGCUCACGUUCGAUCUGCUCUCAUCGGUUGCGCUAACCGGUACCAACCACGAGGGUGAUCAACCGGCCCAUCUUACGCUGAAGGAUGAUACCGUCCCGGUCAAGAACAACCUCACCAUCUACGACGGGCCGGAAGCCCGGUUCUGCCCGGCCGGUGUUUACGAAUACGUAGCGAACGAUGAGGGCGGUAACAUGAAGCUGCAGAUUAACGCACAAAACUGCAUCCACUGCAAGACGUGCGACAUUAAAGACAUAACGCAGAACAUCAACUGGGUCGUGCCGGAAGGUGGUGGCGGUCCAGCUUACAACGGCAUGUGAAGCAUCCGUUGCAGCUCUUUCAUUCGUUCUUCCACGAUCGUAGCAUAUUGUCCGUGGUCGCCUGACCCGAAGGGCAUGGUCGAAUUUAUUUUGUUAAGUAAUAAAGUUUUCACAUCGAUUCCCCCCGCUCACACACCAAAAAGGCACGCGCACGCACACUGAAACAUUCCGCCAGAAGUACCUCGAAAUAUCACACAGCUCAGGUGAAAAAGAAGGGGCAGAGAAAGUUUUUUACAAAAGAAAAAAGGAUUCUAGUUUUGUAUAUUAUUCAUACUCUUCAAUAAAGCCAAAAUUUACAACAAA